AUGGUCAAGCAUUUUCAUAUGGUUGUCGCUGAGCAGGACCCCGUCCGUGGCGCUCGCUCCGGGCGGAUCCGGAUGUAUAUGGCAGUCAUGGGAGUCAAGGCGGUCGUCUCGGCCAGAUGGAGCUGGGGCAUGGAGGUCGAAUCCGACCCCUCGCUCCAGGCGCCGCAUAGCCAAUAG